CCGGUGCUGGGACGGAGCAGACAACUCUACACCGAGCAAUGGUGCUGCAAAUCUCAAUUCGUAUUCCCGCCACCUCUGUUCUGCACAGAUAAGCAUAAAAGGUGUUCAAGUCCACGUAAGAAAAAAAGAAGAUGCCGAAAGGCUUAACACGACAUCAACAACCUACAAAGAAGAACAGAAGAACGAUUCGUAAUAAGUUGUGAUACUAAGUUGUCUGGAGCAGAGGGUCGUUUCAUUGCGCUGUACGGAAAUACGAGCGCAUUUUUUAUUUUAUAAUUCAGUGGGGAUUAUUUCCACGAAACCGUGUAAAACAUAUGGACGUCUAACUAAUGCAUUAUAUUUAGUUUCUAAAAUAUUAUUUCCUUCUAAAGAAAUCAAUUCUGGAAGAAUAUACCUGCGUUUUUCCGAGAAGCUAGACUGAACUACUGGCCAAAUAGUGACGAAUGAUGGUGAAAUUCCAUAACUCGGACCUUUGGAUUGCUUGGGUGGCUGUACUUUGCAUGGAAGGGGUCUCCAGGGCCCUGGAGGUGACGGUAAGCCAGGGCAGUGUUCAGGUGGCCCGGGGGCAGACCGCUCUCCUACCCUGCACCUUCACCACCAGUGCAGCCCUCAACGGCCUGAACAUCAUCUGGAUGGUCACUCCGCUCUCCAAUGCACACCAGCCUGUUCAGGUGAUCCUCUACCAGGCUGGCCAGGUAUUCACCAUACCCAACCAGCUGAGUGGCAGAGUGGGCUUUGCUGUCACCAUGCCCAGCACAAGUGCCUCUAUUUUCAUCAACAACACACAGCUCUCCGACACAGGGACGUACCAGUGCGUGGUCAACAACCUCCCGGACAGAGGGGGGCGCAGUAUCGGGGUCAUAGGCCUCACCGUGCUAGUUCCCCCCUCUCCCCCCUCCUGUAGGGUCCAGGGGAAUUUGGACGUUGGAAGCGAUAUCUUGCUACUGUGUUCCUCGGAGGAGGGGAUCCCCACGCCCACCUACGCCUGGGAGAGGCUGGAGUCCAUGCCCAAGCUGCCCCAUUCUGCCAUACAAGACCAGAUGCAAGGCACCGUGGCACUGCGGAACAUCAGUGUGGGAAACUCAGGCCUGUACCAGUGCACAGCGUCCAACGCCAUCGGAAAGAGCUCCUGCGUCCUUAACCUGCAGGUCGUAGCACCUCAGGCCCAGAAUCUGGGCCUCAUCGCAGGCACCGUGGCCACAGGGGUCCUGGCGCUCAUCAUCUGCUCUCUGCUGGUGGUGGUGACGCUCUUCUACUGGAAGAACAAGAACAAGUACGAGGAGGAUGAGAUCCCCAACGAGAUCAGGGAGGACGACCUGCCGCCCAAGAGGUCAUCAUCAGUGAAGGCCUUCCAUGCCGACGCCUCGUCGUCGGAAAACGACACCCUGACCUCCACCAACACCUACAACAGCCGCUACUGGCACAACCCCAAACCGAACUACGACACCAACUCCUACACGCGCUACAACGGCGACACCAGGCAGACCUUCUCUCCCGGGCACACGGGGGCCGGUUCGGGGGCGGGGUCAGGGCCGGGCUCGGGCUCGGGGGCGGGGUCGGCCCCGACACGCCCCGCCUACACCAACGGCAGCCACACCCUCCCCCCGCCCAAGACUCUGGUGGUCACCACCAACUCGGCCCCCUCCCCGCCCACCAUGGUGCGUAGUAACGGCUCCCUCAGCCUGAAGCCGGCCGCGCCACGCGGUCAGCACACACACACACACUCGUACGCGGUCAGCCAGGCCGCACUGGAGCGCAUGGGCGCCGUGCCCGUCAUGGUGCCCGCCCAGAGCAGAGCCGGCUCGCUGGUAUGAACCCCGCCCGCUUUCCCCCCGACAAACUGACUUUUACAGCAUCCAGUUCAUUUAACGCCGCUCUUACACACACCUCUGUUUUUGGAGAAUCACCUGGUAAUCUUCUCUUGUUUUGUUUUUUUAUUUUUUUAUUUUGUUAUAUUAAGUUUUCUUCUUCUCGUUUAUAUAAAAAUAAUAAUUAGUUGUUUUAUAUGCUAAAGGGGAAAACUGUAUGACUGGAGUGAGGUUUAAAGCACCUGUGUGCAGUGGGGGGAGAGAGGGGGGAAACAUGACGAAAAGGGUCGAGUUUAGAAAGCCAAAACCACAAUGUGUAUUUCAUGUUAUUUCUUUGAAGUUCUUUUUUUAGGUUUUGUUUAAUUCAAAUAUAUACGCAGUACAUUUAACAUGAUAAUACAAAAUACAAUUCACUCCAGUGGUCUUAAAUACACACAAUUCUCCAGAUGGGAAAUGGCCUUAGAACUUAGGAAAGAGACUUAUUAAGAAGUAUGGUCAGGUUCUUGUUGUAAAUAAAAGCAAUGCAUGGUUUCCUAUAACAAAGAGUAGUAUAAAAAAGUUCCAGUAUAGUUCCCACCAAUCUCUAGUACAGUUAGAAUGUCAUGUUAUGAGAAUUAGCUGAAAUGAGGGAUGGUAUUUAUGGAGGUGGAGUCCCAGACAGACACACAUCCCAGAAUCCUUCAUUCUUUUCAGUAUAAAAUCUCUGGGUAACCUGGAUUUUUUCUGAUUUCUUUUUUUUUUUUGGUUUGCACUGUGACAGGACAAGAAAUGCUUUCUGAAAUUAGAAUGUAUGACAGAUGAGUCUUAUUCAGAUCAGUCUUAAUGUAUUCAAUAAAUUCCACCAACAGUUAUUCAUUACUGUGGGAGUUCAAAUUUCAGGAAAGAUUAUACCCCAGUAUAACCCGCAUUUGUGAGGAAAAGUAUUAUUACCAAGUAUUAGAACAGGACUCAUGAAUGUUAAUAUUGUUUGUGAAAUCUGGGAAGUCUUAGUCACUGGGAAAUGUGAACCUAGUCCCUUUGCAGCCUGAUUCUUCAGCUCAAGAGCAUGGUUUCCAAAGUAAGACCUUGUUUAAGUUGGUAUAUUUCACAGUCUCUCCUGCAAGCCUUUUCUUUUUCCUGCAAAAAACUCUUACACCAGCACUGCUUUGAGAACAGGAGGUCUGUGUUGUAUUUCCUUUGUGAACAAAUUUCCUUUAUAAAAGAUUUAAUGUGGAGGGUUGUUUUGAAAAAGAAAUUGUACUGUAAAUAAUAUGAGUAGGUCAAGUUUUCUGUUUUUUUAUUUGCCCAACUAUUAUAACUCUUGUGUCUUAAUUGAAUUUCCUAAUUUUAUAAAGUUUAGACAUUUUAUAAGGUUUCUGAGGAAGGCAUUGUGCUUUAUUAAUAAUGUGUUUCUGUCCCUCAUAGCAGCAGUUUUUGGCUAAAGUUAUGAUUGCAUGUAAGAGAGCAUCUGAUGCACUGCAAUAAUGAUGUAACACAGAUCAGAAUGCAGAAGGUUUACUCUCCCUCAUUGAUAUCACACUGAUGUGUAGCAGGUGCUGAACCAUGGUCAGCGUGUUGCUCUGUGCUUAUACCUGGCUACUACAGAGGCUGUUCCCUUCAUAGAGCCGUUUAUAUUAGCCUUAAUGGAUGUUCCCUGAAGCGCUUUGUAUGUCUUGAUUAAGAUAAUAUUCAAACAAAGCCUGUGUACUGCUGUGGAAAAUGAACCUGAAGUGGUGACGACUUUCACUGAAAAUGUGCAAAACUUUUGUUUUUUCAUAUGGACGAUCCUCUUUUGUUCCUUUUACAUUUCAUUGAGUGGACAAAUAUACAGUAAAUGUCUAAUAAUCACAAUAAUGAGUUUUAUUUAUGUUAACGAGUGGCCCCUUAAAGUUUGUAGGCUUUGGUUGCAGCCCAGCACACUUGUUUGUAUUUGAUACCUAAAUAAUUGUAUUAAUAGGCAGCUGCAUUUGGUUUGGUUUCUCUGCUUUUUCUCAAGUUUCUGUGAAGCUGUUAUUGAGAUGCUCCAAGAAAGGCAAACUUAUUAUGAGCGCUUCACCAAAAAACCUUUUAUGUUAUCAUUUUCAUAUGUCUGCUCUGAACUCAACGAAGUGAAGACCAUUUUAUUUUCACAGAUUGUGUUCUCUCCAGCACUCUGGCAAUUUUGUCAACAAUUUUCCUUCCCAAAUAGACUUUCAUGGCCUUUUAAAAUUCAUGAAGUCACAGAAAAGUAACAGCAAACUGCAAAAUACUCACACUGUCCUUGAUAAGUCACAAAGAUUAGCCUAAGUAUAAGGGCUGGUUUAAUCUUUCCUUCAUCUGUCCUGCACAGUGCACAUCUGUACUGUUUAUAAUUGCUUGGAUGCGGAGUUUUUUUUUACAGCUUGACAGCAAUUAAAAUGCGCAUUUUCUGUCUUACAAUGUUUUUAUUUGAGUUUAGUGCAUGGCAAAUUACUCUACAGGUUUAUGUAUUCCACCUAUGCAAUGACAUUUCAUUGUGUGUCUGUAUGGAGAGAGUGGGGUGUCUAUGUCAUACUGCUGAUGUUCUGGUUACUGGACACAGUCUAAAGAGAGCAAACAGAUCAUUUUACAGUUGAUUACUUUAAAAACUCACCAACUGGAGAAUAUACCAUCAGUGACCCUUGUAAACUGCUGUAGUUCACUGCACAUUUCAGAGUAAUUGCCCCAUCUAAAAAUGAAGAAGACUGCAUCCUUUUGUAAUCCACACUUUGACUCACGCCACAGGUAUGCUAUUCAUUUAUAAAAGACCCCAGAAAACAUGUCUGUUUGAAAAAUGUGAAAGAUGCAAUGGAUGUUCAAACACAAGAAACCCCUUUUGAGUAAGGGGGUACACUGUAUUAAAGCUGGAUUUCAUGUAGAAGUGCUAUAUAGUUACUGCCUCUAAGAUUCAUGUAGGCAGAUAAAUGACUGGCAAAAUUCUAGUCUUUUAUUUAAUCUUUUUUUUUCUGGUUUUUUAAAUAUACCAUUAUGCACAGGGCAUUUGUUUUACGCUAAAACAAAUAAGCUCUACCUGAGAACCUUGGAGAAUGUCAAAUUCAAAUUAUUCUAUUUCAGAACUUCACGUCCAAAUAUGAUUCCAAAAACAUUAUUGCAAAUUGCAAAUACAGAAGUAUUACAUUAUUGAAAUCUAUUUCAAAGAUGUAUUGAUGUAAAAUAAAUGUAAAAAUACUACAUUUCCUCACAUGGUAGGCUCUACAACAUGCACAGGUGAAGGUGGAUAAGAGCAGUUACCCACAAUUAUGUACUGUCCGUUCAGUCACACUUAAAGGUUGUGUGCAUUUUUCUGUUCUAACUCACACCACAUUUUUAAAGAUUAUUUUCCAAAUGGCAUGAUUACAGAGGAAAUAAACGCCAUGUUUUAGUCUACAGGUCUGAAGUUUUCUUCUUAUUUUUUUUAUUUUUUGGGGGGAAUUGCACUUGUCUGAUGUGAACAUGAAGGUACAGAUUACACAAAGAAAGAUAAUUAAGUUUUGCAUUAACAAACUGUUAUUGUUUAUUUCAUAUUGUCAAUGACAAUAUGGACCUUAUGAACAAGUGGCAAUGGAUUCUGGAUGCAUUGUUUCUUUUAAUAUUAAUGGCAGUUUACUUACUAAUACAGUAUACUACCAUUUGAGGUAACUACAAAACCUAGCCAUCCUACGCUUCAGAUGCUGUGGCCAUAAUCUCAACAGGUUGUGUGUAUGUAAAUAUAUAUAUGUAUAUUGCCAAUAGUCUACUUUGUAUAUAUGUAAUAUAAUUCUUGUACUUACCGUUGUAUUGAUGUAAAAUAAGAAAAUUAACAUUUAAAGUUGUAGUGAAUAUUGUUAAUAAAUUUUAUUUGGUGCUGAAA